AGUUUAUGCAGGUCACAUGAUACAUACGCGCUAUUAAGCGCUAGUUUUGAAUUUCAUACAUACGCCCUACUAACUACAAAGAAAUCGAUCCUGAACUACCUGAGUAUUAUUUUGUUAUGUUUUAUUGAGACUGGUUGUGUUGAAUUUGAAGCAGGGGAGCAGUAAUUUUGUCACAGCGCCCUAUGUAAAACAAAAACUCACGCUUACGUCACCCAAAGUAAGAAGAUGGGUGCCCAGGAAUCGAGUGAGCGGGGGCGCGUGCCCUCCUCUUGGCUCCAGUCCCUGAACGGUAAAAGAAGCACAACUUUGAAAUCGGCCAUUGAGGCGGCCAGAACCGAUACGUGGAAUCGCGACGCGGAAUUAGUAUUCUGUACUCAAGAGUAUUUCGCUUCGAAAGUGCUAGGCUUGAAAAUAAAUACGUCUGCUUCUAUAUCUUCGCCUGGUACAACAAUGACUUGUAGGAGCAGUGGGAACGACUUGCAUAACCUGGGAAAAAAAGGGACCGCGGUUCUCUUCUGCGUUCUCGACCUCAGCAACACGGAUCACGACGAGGAGGCGCAAGCUGCGGUUGCUGGCGGCUUGAGCGCUGGUGAGGCAAGUACAAAGAUCGCAGAAAAAUACCGCUCGAACGUGUUCAUUUUUCGUGUCGUCUCGCCUGGACAGACACAACACCAAGGCCAUCAAGAAGGGACCACGAACAGCAACAGUAGACAUGGCAAUGGAGAGGCGAAUAACGCCAUCAGCACCGGUCCGCAACCACUACCCUUUGGGGAAAUUGUUUUUCAGAAGGAGCGCACGUCGAAGUCCGGCAACAUUGCACUUCUCCACGACUGCGGCUACCAGACGUACGCCCAGCGGCUGGAAUUCGCUGAGCAGGUUGCGGACCUGAAUUUCGACACGCAAUCUGCCUAUGACAAGGUCCAGCGGGCGCUGAAGUACUUAACCAAACCGGGUGUUUUGCAAAGUGGGAAGUCCUUGCUGAAGACUUGCCAGCCUCCCGUGGAUCUGGAAACCCCAAUGCUCCGCCCCAUGAUAUGGCGUUCUCAACUGUUACAUUCUCAACUGUUACACGGAUUUGUGAUGCACAAUUCCCACCCGCCUCGCUCCACUUGAUCAAGGUGCUUAGCAUGACAAAUUUUCGAAGGGCUAACCAGCAUGAUGAUCUGUGGAAAAUCUGUGAUGCGAAAGCUGCAAGAAUAUUGCCACUUUCACUGUUGCUGUUCUUGCGUGACAAAUUUCAUGUAACAGUUGUGAAUGUUGUAACAGUUGAGAACGCCAUACAUGAACCCCGGCGAAGAUUUUGUGUUGAAGGACGGGAAAGUGUUAUGGGGAGAAAAAAGUUUGUCACAGUCGCUAAGUUGCAGGUUUUGCAUUACAAAUUUUUUUAGCAUCACAGCUUCGCCUUGUAUUGCAGAAACACUAGGGAAAUCCCUUAUGAAGUGUGGCUGUGAUGCAUUUUUACGCAUGACAGACAAUUUUGUAUUGCAAACAUGCCCAUGAGUGAUCGUGACGAGCUUUUUUCUUUUGAUAAGUGUUCCUCGUCGUGUAUUCGCGGCAGAAGCCGACCUACUACGACUUGAGUCUCGCUGGCUCCGAGAAGCGCUUGAACCUAACCUAUUCGAGGACGCGGUUCAGCGGCAGCUUGGCUCUCGGGAGUGGGGACCAGUUGGGCAGCGAGAACGUUCCGGGCGGGACCACGUGUCCGAUGCUCGUGCACGAAUUCGAGUUCCGCCCGGAAUGUCUGCCUUUUCCCCCUUGCGGUGCCGAGGAAGAGUCACAAGGAAUCGGCUGCGUGCUCUUUUCCGGCUACCAGAGCACAAAGCUGAAGGCGUGGAGUCGUGACCGCCCGAUCGUGAUGCUGAUGCACGUCGAUUCCGACGGGUUGAACACCUGCUAUUACUGCCCGGCACCCAUGAACGACCGGAUUGGGGAAAGUAUCACGUAUGGCGCGAUAAGUUUCCAGGUUGUGCGGAACACAGGCGGAGGCUCUACUUCUCUCGGGCAGCUACUGUUUGAAGGAAAAAUGCGGAAGAAAAAGAAGCUGAAGAUGUCUCUGAGCGGACUCAAGUCUCGGUUCGCAGAGAAAGAAAAUGAAAUUGACGCGGCCGAUGAAAAUAAAGAAGAACCAGCUGCGUCUGACGAGGGGGAAAGCCAGGAUGAGGAACAGUGGACCCACAAACUUAGAUUUUACCUUCACACUGCACAGGAGGGCUACUGCCCGCGCGGCCUCGACAAGUCUGCGCCGGUGUCCGCAGCAUGCUACAAACACUACUUCGAGACGGCAGAAGCGUAUUUCGCCACCGCGCCGUCCCUGCGCGAAAUCGAACGUAGGGCAGCUGCAGCGGGAGAAGCCGAUGGUGAUUCGGCCACAGGAGGAGCCUCGUCCAGUGGUACAGCUCAGGACAGGCAGGGAGCGCCGGCGGCUGGGAGCAGGAUAUCCACCUCAACGGGAAAAGUAGAUCAACAGAACGCGGACGUAAAAAUAGAUCCAUUCGCGCACGUUCCUGGCCCGGUUGUGGUUUCGAACUCCGUUGGUGCUGCAAAGACGCUGGCGCAACUCUUCGAUCCGGAAGAGCAUGGUGGUGAACAACAGAAGACCUCCUCCACCGGUAGUGCCAAAGGAAAAAAAUCACUAACGGAGGUGUCCAUUUUUAUCGAGUUUGCCAACGGGUUUCGAAAAAUGCCGUCCUCUGCUGGUGCUAGUUCGAAUACUACUACUAAAGCGUUCCUCGGCCAGUUGACUGCCGCAAAGCACUCGAAGCAACCUGUUUUGCUGAUGAUGGGGGAGAUUGAGGAAGGGCCGCUUACGAAAUGGUCCCCGACGAAAAAUCCUACUUUGCUCCUAAUCGACGACGCGAACCGCAUUCCCUACGAAGCAAUGAGUUUCGUGGACGGACCCAAGCGGGCUUUCGAGGACUGCCUCUGCGUGAUCUACACCCGGGCAGACUUGAAGCUGACCAAUGGCGAUGUCCAGGCCGCGGCCGAGGCGGCAAUCGGGCAAAUUGACAUGAACCCAUUCUUCCUCCUCGGACAGAAGUGUGUUGUGCUGGCCGUGGUGGUGAACAAAGCCGACGAGACGCAGGUGACGGCGGUGCGGGUCUUGCGCAAGGGGCCGAGCUGCUGCGGGUCGACGCUGAUCGACGAGGUCUUCCAACACGUGCCCGAGGGCGUGACCUACUUCGGACCGGCGGCAUCAGGGAAAAAUAGCAAGGAGGGGAGCUCGGUCCUGAGCAACAAAGCAAAAGCUAGUCAAUCGAAAAAUAAGGUUGUAGCCAAUUUGAAACUGCAAGAGAUGUCGCGGCACUCCGCCGUGUGCCUGAUUCCGCCCGGUGCGCAGCCCCAGCUGGCAAGUUUCUAUGCAAAGGUCGAAGCCGUCCGUCGCGACCACGAUAAGGCCUAUCACAAGUGGAUGCCGCACGUCAACCUUUUGUUCCCCUUUGUAAAAGGGUUCGAAGCAAACGACGCGACAGACGGGAUGAAAGAGUCCCCGCUUCUGAAAAGCCUGCAGGCUGCAUGCAAAAAACUUUCACCGUUCAAGAUUCGGUUUUCUCGGGUCGGCAAGUUCAGCCAAAAGGGCUCUGCAACGCUACAUUUAGUGCCGGAGUACGUGGUGCAGUCCACGUCGUCCUCUCUCUCAAAAGGCGGCGAGGAGAACACCACCGACUUCGACGACCCGAUGGAAGGCACACCGAGCUGCAGCAGUCAAGGCUCUUUCAGCCAACUGAUAGACGCAAUCGAGCAAGCGCUGAUGGACUGCGGUGCCGAUAAAAUCGUCGCGGAUCAACCGCGAACAGGGGAAAGAGGAACCGCCGACUACUUCCAUCCGCAUCUGACGCUCGGGCAGUGCGCGUCCGCAGAUGCGGACACCCGAAUGCAGCAAUUUUCGACGAAAAUUUUCGGAGACGCGGACCCGACCUCACCGGCGUUUGCGCCCGUGGAGUUCGUGGUGGACCGCUUGCACAUUGUCGGCCGACCGGACGGGCAGGCCAAAAUGAGUGUGCGCGAAGAAAUAGGCUUGGGAACGGGAGAGCUAUUGUUCGCAACAUCACCGGAGGUCGUGAACGAAGAUAAUAUAAACGGCACUGGCACAACCGGCACCAACAUCACAGUGGCCAAGAUGCUUUCAAAUGUGCGGGAUUGGGCCUUUCGAGGUCUUCUCUCGGACGAGGGGGACUUCUGUGGAACGACUAGGACAUCGUCCGCUGCUUUUGCGCCACCAUCCCGCGGAUCUGCGAGUACUUCUGUGACUAGCACCGCCGGACCCUUUGUAGAUUGCGUGGGCAAGAUUCUCAUUCCUCCGGGUGAUUACGUUCCGUUCUCCGAGCUGGCUGCCUUCGUUGACAAAUCUUUGUUCAAACCGCUUCUCCUGCAGGGCUUGGAAACGGAGAUGAAGCCGAAACUCGCGGAAUUGACAGCUGCGUUCCACGAAGAAAAUCGGAUCAACGACAUGGCAGCGGGAAUUGGGGAGCUCCAGCUAGGAACUGCGAAUAAUGGAACUACUUCAACAUCUGCGGGGGCCCCCUCCACGGAUGAACCACAACCAGUUGAAGAUCAUUCUGCGCCGCGGGAAGUAGAACUUGCGACGCUGCGGAAGCAGCGCGAGCAAGCACUGCUGUUGAGGAAGCACAACGCGUUCGAGCAGGAACUGGGCAAGCGGCUCGAGGGCACUGUGGGCCCGCAUUUGAAAAGUCUUUUGAGCCACCUGGAGUGGGUUGCGUUUGAAGGCCAAGUAUCAUCAUGCCGAAAAUCGCUCGCCUCGCUCUGGAACGAACAGAUCGUGCCGGAGAUUUUGUCCCUGCACGCAACCCUCGUUCUUACAACCGAAGAUGAAACACCCCUUGCUAGUUCAGGUGGUGGCGACAGCGCCGCAGCGCCAUUGCUUUCCGCAACGUCGUCCGCUGAGGGAGAUGUGCCCAUGUCGAUCCGAACAGUGCCUUCCACCGAGUCCGCCUCCACCGCCCAGAAAGAGAACACCGACCGAGCGUCGCCUGCGAUCAGCGCUUUGACGCGCGCCUGGCAGAACGGGGACCUUGAGGCCGUUCGCGUUGCGCAGCAACUGAAGCAGAUGAGCGCGAAAAUCAAGCGGAAGUGUGUGUACCUGGCGCGAUUUUUCGACCUGAGCAGCAAGCGAAAGAACAACGCGACCUACGCAAUGAUCGUGGUAUCCUGCAGAAAACAAGUUUACACACCCAUAUUGAUAAAAAUUCAUGUCGUGACCGUGGUUUUGGCAAUUCGCGAUGUAGGUACGAAAAAAGUUCAUCAUGCACAUGCUGAGUACCUCGCAAAUCUACUAAUACAGUGAAACUAAAACCCGCAGCCGCAACAUCAACACAAAUUCUCAUCCUUUUCUGGUAUCUAUGGGUGUGCUUUUCUGUAGGAUGCGUCGAGCUGGCCGCCAAGAACAAGCGCGGUGCGCGCGCGCAGCAGAAGGCGGAUACUACGAAGACGAACCUGUCGACGCUGAAGAACAUGAGUAGAGACGACUUCUUCGACUACUACAGCCAGCCAGAGGUGUGCCAAACGAUUUUGCACGCGGUCAUCGAUACCUUGGACAGCAAGACGACGUUCGAGCACCAAGUGCUCGCGAUCUGCGGCCCUAACCAGGAUUUUCUACGCACCAAACCCGACGCAAAGCUGUUGCGAGCGGUUGAAAACCGUAUUGCACAGAGGGAGAACAAGAUGAAGACGAUCUCCCCGGCUGGCUCUGAGCAGGAGCCACUACAGCGACAAAAGAACCAAACCCAAGGUACUAGCUCCGGUGCCUUUACCGGUGCAGCAACCUCCGCGGCGGCUUCCCCUACGACCUCGAUCUCUCCAGCCAUUUGUGGGGUGAGUAACCGCAUGUUGACGUUCGAGGCAGAUGUGUAUUCCGACAUCGCUGCCAUCCCGGAAGCCACCGCGAACAUCGCCCUGAACGAGCAGCAAGGCGGUGGGGAGAAACACGCAAAGACGACCCUGUGCUACCGCCCCGUGCAGAACACGGCGCCGGUGAUUCCGAUUCCCAUUUUCGCGCGCUACGCGGUCCAGGAGGGCGGUGAGGCCGAGGAGAUUUUUAUGAGGAAGCAAACCUACAUCCCGUGGGACGAAGAGACGGCCAAGCCCGACGUCCAGAUGUGGCGCAUGGCGGUCGCGAAGGUGAUCCAGAACUCCAGCUCCCUGCAACGCGUCGUGACGACGCAAACCGGCGGCGGUGGGGAGCUGACGAUUCAGAAUGCGCAGUGGGUGCUGGUGAAAAUUUUGCUCGACUUGUCCCUGGUCCUGCACGACCGCCUGCGGAACGUCGCUUCCCUCACCCCCGCGAAUCGGUUCGACUCGGUCCCGAGCAUGCUGCGCAGUUUGGUGCUGACCGCGAUCGGCAUCACCCAAGCGGGCGACAAGCCCUUGGGGAACGCGUGGAGCGUGUGCAAAAACGUGCCCACCCGGCCGGAACUGCCGGAAGACAAGCGCGACUGGUACCUGCUUCUGGUGCUCGCCACGGUGUUUCCGAAAACGGGACUGGACGCGAGCUGCUUCCGCGCGAAUCUGCGCCGCCAGUUGGUCCGGUUCUUCAACAAAAUGUGCGAGCCGUAUAUCCAGGAGCUGUGGAAGGAUUACGACGCGCGGAAGAAGCAAUACGAUGCGGACAUCGCGUAUCCAGGAAAAACACCCAUGAUCCCCAUUCAAUUUGAUGCCAUUGCAAAACAACAAUCUUCAAAUCGAGUGAAGACAUUGUCUCAUCUCAUGCAAAAAAUGGAUGGGUGGGAAGAUGGCAUGGGUUUUUUUCUGGGGAUAUCGUGA